AUGUCUUCCUAUUUCGUCACUGGGGUCUCCCGAGGCAUUGGGUUCGAGUUUCUUCGCCAGCUCUCGAGCGACCCAGCAAAAACCGUGAUCGGUCUGGUUCGCAACAAGCCGGCUACUGAUGCAAAGGUCGCCGCGCUGAACCGAACCAACAUCCACAUUCUCGAGGGAGACCUGACCGACUACGAAUCGUUGAAGAGAGCAGCCUCGGCCACCUCGAAGAUCACCGGGGGUAGCCUCGACUAUCUCAUCGCCAAUGCCGCGAGCAUUCCUCUGUGGUCCUACUUUGACGGCAUGGGAGCCUUGGGCAGCAAAGAUCCAGUUGCCCUGGAAAAGGAUCUCCUCGACGCCUACAAAACAAACAUAAUCGGCAAUGUUCACCUUUUCAACUUGUUUCUGCCGCUCAUUCUAAAGGGCGAGAAGAAGAAAGUCAUCGCCAUCUCGUCAGGUAUGGCUGACAUCGAACUCAUUACCAAAUACGAUCUCGAGAUUGGUGGACCCUAUGCUGUUAGCAAGGCUGGCGCGAACGCCGUCGUGGCCAAGUAUAGUGCUGAGUAUGCUAAGGACGGGGUGCUCUUCAUAAGCAUCUGCCCCGGAGUGGUAGACACAGGCAAUUCUGGCACUCUGACGGAAGAACAACUCCAGAAGAUUGGCGUUAUGAUGGGCAAGUUUGCACAGUAUGCGCCUAAUUUCAAAGGUCCGGCCACCCCAGAGGAGUCCGUCAAGGCUCUGAUUUCGGUCUAUGAGAAAGCCAGUGUUGCUGGCGGAGAUGGUGGCGCAUUUGUUUCUCAUUUUGGAAACAAGCAAUGGCUCUGA